CCCCCUUGGCAAUGGAUUUCGUUCAAGUUUCGGAGGAGGAGGGUGACGAGCCCAUCGAGCUGCCGGCUGAGGAGGAUGGCACCCUGCUGCUGUCCACCCUACAGGCCCAGUUUCCCGGCUCCUGCGGUCUCAAGUAUCGCAACAUGGACACGAAGGCGGUGCGCGGAGUUCGCUCCAACGAGGGCAGACUGUUCCCGCCCAGCGUGGACUCGGGAUGGGGAGAGUACCUGUACUUCUGUGUCUUUCCCAAGGAAAACAAGCGCAAGAGCGACGAUAACUUGGAGAACUCGACGGCCAAGACCAAACGCAUCGAGACCCGUCUGCGAUGCACUGAUCUUAUAGUUCUGGGACUGCCCUGGAAGACCACGGAGGAGAGUCUGCGGGAGUACUUUGAGACCUUUGGCGAGGUGCUGAUGGCCCAGAUCAAGAAGGACACCAAGUCGGGGCAGUCCAAGGGCUUUGGAUUCGUGCGCUUUGGGUCUUAUGACGCCCAGAUGCGCGUCCUCUCCAAUCGCCACCUCAUCGACGGUCGCUGGUGCGAGGUUAAGGUGCCCAACUCCAAGGGCAUGGGCCACCAGGUGCCUUGCAAGGUCUUCGUGGGCCGCUGCACAGAGGACAUUAACUCCGAUGACUUGCGCGAGUAUUUCUCCAAGUUUGGCGAGGUCACGGAUGUGUUUAUUCCCCGACCCUUUAGAGCCUUUAGCUUUGUCACCUUUCUCGAUCCCGACGUGGCACAGUCCCUGUGCGGAGAGGAUCAUAUAAUCAAGGGUGUUUCGGUGCAUGUGUCGAAUGCUGCCCCGAAGGCCGAGCAAAACCGGAACCAGCAGGCACAGAGCUACAAUUACAACUCGGCCAACAGCUUCGGCAUGCACUCCUACCACCCGCAGGGUAACCACAUGAACCCCGGGCGCAAUGGACACCACAGAGGUAAUAACCAACACAGCUCUCACGGCGGUGAGAGCUCAAUCAUCGCGAAUAAUCACAGCAACAUUGGCACCGCCGGCUACGGCGGCAUGGGUGGCAAUAAUUACGGCGGCAAUGCGGGCGGGGGCUAUCAUAACAAUGGCAGCAGCCACUCCAGUGGCGGCAACGCCAAUCGCCAGGACCCAGGGACCCAGUACAGCAGUAGGCAGGCGAAUUUCCACGGUAUGAAUCAGCCCCACAACGGCAACGUGGGCGGCAGCAACGGCUGGAUGAACCGGGGCCACCUGGACAUGCCCAAUCUGCAGGCGCUGGGCAUCAAUUCGCAGGGAUCGAGCUCCUCCAACCAGGGCCAGAACAUGAGCAACCAGUCGAUGCUCAAUCUCAACUCCUUGCCGAUCAAUCCCGCACUGGUCGCUGCCGCCUUGAACCAGUGGAGUCUGGUGGGCAACCAGCUGCAGAAUCAAAACCAGGACCAGCAGGGCGGCAAUUUUUUAUCGUGGAUGGCUCAGAACGGCGGCCACAACAACGCCAACAACUUUGGCGGACGGAAGGGAUCGAAUAACCCGAACAAUCCGGGUGCCAACGGCAUGAACAAGGCCGACAACUCCGGCUGUAAUGACCAACAGAAUGGAAACACCGGUUGGUCGAACCAGAGCAGCGGAUCUCAAAACUCCGUGGAAAAGUCAAACUUUCUUUAAGGCGGUACCAAUAGCACGAUGCGGUACCAACUAAUGUGGUUAAUAAUAACUUUGAUUUAACCGAAACCUCUGUAGCUUACUUAAUUAUAUAUGUAUUCUACAUUUAAAGAAAUUAAGAAUUGUAUUUAAAAUGUAAUAGAUAUUUUGAUAAUUGUAAGCAAUGAUGACACUCGAUGGAUAAUAAUACAAUUUAUAGAACCCUCUGCAAAAUAAAUUCUGCGCCAAAGCUCAAUUUAAAAA